AUGGACACAAAUACAAAGUAGGAAGCCUUCAAACAAUUCGCUACAGUCUAAACAGAGCGCUGAAAAGUUUCGGACAUAAAUUUGACAUUACAAGGAGAGAAUGUAUAGCUUUCACCUCGAGUAUUAAAGCAUACGAAGAGGUGACCAAAGAGCUGAAGCAAGAAGGAAAAGGUUUCACGAAGAACCAUGAAACUAUUAACACAGCAGGUAAAAAUAAGUUAUUGUAACCCAUCAUAGUGUCCGUCAUACUAAAUUAAUUUAAUACCACAUUUUGUUGUUUUCAGACUUGUUUGAUAUAUACCAUAGUCGACACUUAGAUCCAGACAUUGGACCAAGACAGCUCCAGAAGAAAGUCCAGUUUGACAUCAGGUACUAUUUUGCCCCUCGUGGAGCAGAAAACAUGCAUAAAAUGACGAAAACAACCUUUGCAGUCAAACUCGAUGAAAAAACUGCGAUGAAGUAUGUGAUAAGAGCUGAAGACGAAGCAACAAAGAAUCAUAAAGCGAAUGAAAAUGAUAUUGUCACUGGUUACAUGUCCUCCAUGGUUGAUAAGAAACAUUGCCCUGUACGAAGCUUCAUAAUGUAUACAGAAGCCCUUCAUCCUACUUCUGAAAAACUCUGGCAAACUCCUAAGUUCAACUUAUUUCCUACUGAUGGUCAAAAGGUUUGGUAUCGUCUCGGCAAUGUUGGGCACAAUUCUCUUGAUAGCUUCAUGUCAAAAUUGGCUAAAAGUUGUGGAUUCACACAAAAAGGUUGCACCAACCAUAGCCUAAGAGCUUCUGGGAUAACAACAUUGAAGCGUAUAACAACUACAACGACAAGCAAAUAAUGUCCAUAACCGGUCAUCGAAGUGGUGCAAGUUUGGCUAUCUAUCAAAAAGUGGCUUCAGAUGAAAAACUCCGAAUGGGAUGCACACUUGGUUAUGCCCUCACCGGUGAUUCAAGCUGUCUAACCAAACAAGAUGAAAUUUCCACUGUUUACCAACAACAUCCUCGAGAAACCAAUUACCAACCUUCUUCACGCACUCCAAACCCCUCAUUGCAAGAGAUCGAUGUAAUUUCCAGAUCUGAAUGUCGUAUGCCACUGUCCAAGCGACAAAACCUCUGUCAAGAAAACACAAUACAGCCAAAGCGUCGACCUAACCGAAGUUCUGCAACUAUUGUAGCCCCUCAACAAGCCUGGCUUCUUCUGAUCCAAUAUUCUUUGAAGAUAACAUGGACGACCAAGAUCUUUUGGUUGCCGUAA